AUUCCCAUGAUUGCUUGUAACAGAGAUCUAGUAUUUAAAGCUGCUGCAGAUUUACCACGUUUUGGUCAUGGUGCUUUUCUAACAUGUUUAGAAACAUUAUACAAAAGUAUAAGUGGAAACGAUCUCAAAUAUACAGCAUUCGUUGGUAAACCAAAUGAAAUUUCAUUUCAAUAUGCCGAAACAAUAGCUAAUAAAAUUGCAUUAGCUAAUGGUCAACCAAAAAUUGGCAAAGUCUAUUUCAUUGGUGAUAAUCCAAAUGUUGAUAUUGUUGGUGCAAAUAUGUAUAAUAAUUUAUUACAACAAGCCAUGAAUUCCAAAACAAGUAUUACUGGUUAUAGUCUGUUGCCUCGUUCGGAUCUUUUAAGUGCAGCGGUGUGCGAAUCAAUUUUAGUAUGUACAGGUGUUUAUGAACCAGGUAACCACAAGAUAGAUGGUAAGAAUCCAUGGAAACUACCAACGACAAUUAAACUUAAUGUUCUCGAAGCUAUUAAAUACGUUCUUUUCAAAGAAACAUGCUCAUCGAUUGUCAGCUGCUAG